AUGUACUGUAUGAGAGCUCUUCUUUCAGUAGAUUACAGUUUCAACUUAAUCUCAAGCAAGGAGGGAGAAGUGCUUCUGUAUUAUUGUUACUGCGAAGUGGAGGACCCAGAGAAGCUCUGUGCUUGGCAGAAGGCUCUGUGCCAGCACCUGCAUCUGACGGGCAAGGUACGAGUUGCCUCAGAGGGAAUUAAUGGAACAGUCGGUGGAAGCAAAGUAGCUACUAAUCUCUACAUCGAAGUUAUGCUCUCCCAGCCGCUGUUCAAAGACAUCUUGUGUCGAGAUGAUUUCAAGAGCAGCGCGGGAGGAGCUCACUGUUUCCCAGACCUUCGAGUUGGAGUAUUUGAAGAAAUUGUACCAAUGGGCAUUGAUCCGAAAAAAGUCUCUUACAAAGAAACUGGAAUCCAUCUAUCCCCUCAGGAAUUUCAUAGAGAAGUGGAACAACAUUUGUCUCAGGCCAGUCAAGGACAAAGUGAUACUAUUUUACUGGACUGUAGGAACUUCUAUGAAAGUAAAAUAGGCCACUUCCAGGGCUGUCUGGCUCCAGAUAUCAGGAAAUUCAGCUAUUUCCCAAGCUAUGUGGAUGAAAACCUGGAGCUUUUUAGAAACAAGCGUGUCCUGAUGUACUGCACGGGAGGGAUCCGCUGUGAAAGAGGCUCUGCUUAUCUACGGAGCAAGGCGGUGUGCAGAGAGGUCUACCAGCUCAAAGGUGGGAUUCACAAGUACCUGGAAGAGUUCCCAGAUGGAUUCUACCGGGGGAAGCUGUUCGUGUUUGAUGAUCGUUACGCCAUUUGUUCCAAUGAAGAUGUAAUCUCAGCGUGCAGGUACUGCGGGGCGCUGUGGGACCAGUACAAACUCUGCUCCAGCCAGCACUGCCGGCAGCUCGUCCUGACGUGUCCCAGCUGCCGCGAGAAGGGGCUCACAGCUUGCUGUCCUCCUUGCCAGGAGAAGGAGCUCGAGGUGGCCUCCGGACAGGCGCUUAAGGAGGAGUGUGACUGUACAAGGAGACGACCAAGGGUACCCAUUGAACGAGUUUCACAAAGCACACUGGAUGCUGAAAAGGAUUAA